AAAAAAAAAAUCAUAUCUUUCCAUCUUAGCCGCUUUUCCUGACUUCUGAGACAUUUCAGGGACAUGAAUCCAUAAUGCAUUGUCACAUCACCGCCAAAACUUUGUGCAGUUUCUCAGGCACGCCAUAUCGUGAGAGGUAAGCUUUGUCACUUCGGGCCAAGUCCAGCAGAAAUAAUUGACAUUGUUUCGGUUGCUUGUCUACUUUGGCCAUAUAGCAGAAGCAGCCCCGAAAGUUGUAGGUAGCACUCAUAUUUAUAACGCCUGAUUUCUAUGAAGAUUGUUUUUAAUAACAGGAGAAAGAUCAUAGAAAUUCCCCAACAAUUUCGAGUUUGGUAACUUACUUUGAAAUUUAUGGAUGAUCAGAAUCUCUAUGCUAUUUCUGUUGUCAAGCAAGUUACUGGACAGAUCACAUGAAAUUGUGUAGAUAAUACUUUUCUACUAUGGAAACAACCAGGAAAUUGGAAAUCAAGAAUCAAAUUAGUGUGAAUGUACCUUUCUGAUGCCCCACUGUGAACUUUCUUUUAAAUUAUAUCACAUCGCUCCAGCAUGUACCAGACAAUUUGUAAGAAUAAUUGGUGGAUUCACUUUCGUUGCAGUUGCUUAGAAGGGGCAAAUCAUCUUCCAAUUUUAAUUUAUCGGCGGCUUCUAUAAGUGCGUAGGAACUCAACACAGAGAGAAAGUUGGAAACACUAUGGAGAGGAUGAUGGAUAGUUUAUUCUGCAAAAGCUUGUGUGAUAGAUUGGAUGCCCUUGUCAAAGAGCUCAAUCCUCUAGUUAAGCAGAUUUGUGUACUUGAUUCGCAAGCACCCAAACAGCCAAAGGAUCCCUCAUUCCAAAAAUUUUUAGGCAACCUUAAAAGAGCUACCGAAUUGGUGAAAAUAUGUGAGGAUGUAAGUCCCUUGAAUGUGUUCCUGAGGUGGAGAUAUGCUUCUCAGAUGCUUAAGCUGGAGAAGGACAUCAAUGACUACAUUCACCACUAUAUUCCAGCAGCUAUAAUGCUGGAUAUGAAGAAGCUUGCAGCAGACCUGAAAGAUGCUUGUGAUGUACAGAGUAAGCUGGUGGGAUCAGCAUCAGACCUGAGGUUGAUGAUGAAUGAAACAAUUUUCAAACAAGCAUCCAAGCUUACCAAUGACCCUCAUGUGAAUGCUCGGAUGCUUUAUUGUUCUGAAGGAUAUGUUGAUUACACUGCUAGUUGUAAUCCAAGCUGUGAGGGUAGCCCAGAAAAGCCUAAAGUUUUAGUAGGACUAGAGAAAUCUAUAUGGAAUUUGAAGGAAAUUCUGUUGGAGAAGGAUGUGUCACUCGUUGGUGUGCAGUGCAUGGGAGGCGGUGGGAAAACAACUCUGUCGUUGGCUCUUUGUGAUGAUUCUGAAAUUAAAGAGUUUUUCGGAAACAAUGUGGUUUUCAUCACAGUUUCACAAUCACCAAAUUUAAAGGGCGUUUUAGAGACUAUGUGGGAAAAAAUUAUCCGAAGUAGGAAACCUGAAUUUCAGAAUGCUGAGGAUGCUCAUAUACAGCUAAAGGAGCAGCUCUCGAGGCAAUCCAAGCCAACUCUGUUGGUGUUGGAUGAUGUCUGGUCUAGAGCAGAUCUGGACAAAUUGUUAUUUGAAGCAGAAGGAUGCAAAACCCUUUUGACAACCAGGAAUUAUUCCAUAGUUCCGAAAAGUUCGUCUACUCGACUUUAUCGAUUGCCAUUGCUAGAGCCGAAUGAUGCACUAUCUCUUUUCUGCUUCUGGGCAUUUGGGCAGACUUCAAUCCCGACUACUGCAGAUGAAAAUCUAGUAAAGCAGGUGCAAGCAGAAUGUAGAGGCCUACCACUUGCUCUGAAGGUGAUUGGGAGUUCGUUGCAUGGUGAGCCCCAGCCAAUAUGGGAGAGAGCAAAGAACAAGCUUUCGAAAGCAGAACCAAUAUCAGAUUAUCAUAAAGAUGGAGUUUUCAGGUGUUUGGAAACCAGUAUCGAUUUCUUGGAUGAAGAAGCAAGGGAAUGCUUCCUAGACUUGGGAGCAUUUCCAAAGGGGAAAAAAGUCUCUGCAGAUGCAUUGUUGGACAUUUGGGUCUAUGUGAGAAAGCUGGAGUGGCAGGAUGCCUUUGUCAUCUUAUUGGAACUUGCUAGUAAAAGCCUCUUGAAUUUGACAAACAAUCUCGGGAGCCAAGCCAUCUCUUAUGGAAGUGCCUCAGAGCUAUACUUUUUUCAGCAUGAUGUAAUGCGAGAUUUGGCACUUUAUUUGGCUUGCCAAGACAGUAUUGUUAAUUGCAAGAGGUUGUUCAUGCCAAAAAGAGAGAACAAUUUACCUGGAAAAUGGGAAGAGCUAAGUAAUCAAACAUCCAAAGCACGAAUUGUAUCCAUUAACACAGGUAGUAUGGACGAAUGCCAGUGGGCCAAGAUGAAUUUUCCUGAAGUAGAAGCUUUGGUUUUAGUCUUUGAUGCAAGCAAAUACUUUCUUCCCAGUUUUAUGAAAACUAUGAGGAAACUGAAAGUUCUCUUGAUAAUCAAUUGUGGUUCAAACAGGACAACAGUAAAUGGAGUAGCUGCGUUAUCUUCACCCAUUAAGCUCAAGAGUAUACGCUUGGAGAAGUUGAUUGUGCCCCCUUUUCAAGAGCUCAAGAAAGCCACAGCAUCGAACUUGGAGAAGUUAUCUUUGAGUUUAUGUGAAGGGCUGGGAAACUUAACCAUGUUUAAUAUUAAGCCUAACGUAAAUCUUCCCAUAAUGCAAGAUGUUAACCUUGAUCACUGCAGUGAUUUAGAGGAGCUACCCCUUGGCAUUUUCAACAUGGCCACUGUUCAAAAGUGUUCAAUCACUAACUGCCAUCUUGUCCUCAAGUUACCAGAUGAUUUUGGUAAGCUCACCUCUUUGAGAAUGUUGAGGUUGUCUGCAUGUCCAGGUUUGAAAGAGCUCCCAGCAUCUAUCUGCAAACUUAAGCAACUGGAAUAUCUUGAUAUUUCGUUGUGCGAGUGUUUGAGCCAAUUUCCAGAAUGUAUGGGGAAGCUAUCGAAUUUGAAGGAGAUAGACAUGAGAGAGUGUUCUCGUAUGAAGAAGCUGCCCAAAUCUUUUCAAGAUCUGAAAACUUUAAAGCUUGUUAUCUGCGAUGAAAAGAUUGCAAAGGAAUGGAUGUACAUCAAGAAAUCUGCUAUCCCAAGUCUUACAGUUGAAGUGGUGGAAGAAAACUUUAAUUUGGAUUGGCUUGAUGAUUGAGCAGUAAUAGUCCAUAUUUCUACUAGUACUAUUAUUAUAUUAAACUUAUAUAGUUAUAACAUAAAUAAUUGGCAAGACCAUUGGAUUCCCAAGGUUUCUCUUGCUUUUUGGUUGCUAUCUACUAUAUAGUAAGACAUACUAUAGUCUAUAAUGCAGAAAGGUAUGUGUCCCGAGAUCCAUAGCAUGGUAGUAGACCUAUUUUCCUAUCAGGUUUAGUGUGUAUGAUGUGGCUAUGACAGUGAAGUAGACCUACUUUCUAUCAUGUUUGGUUUGUGUGAUGUGGCUUUGACAGUGAAGCUUUAUCGAAUAACUGUAGUUUGCUUGUUAGUCUGUUCACCUUGGAGUCUUGUCCUGUUCAGGUAAACCUCAUACCUUCGAGUCUUGUCCUGUGUGAUGUGUCCAGUUCCACCCUUGGUAAAACACUAUUAAGAAUCACGGGAGGUCACUUCAUCUAUGGGAGUAGGGAUCUAAAUGGCUUUACAAAGGAAGAACAGGGCUAUGGUUUGCCAAAUGAACUGCGACAGACAAUAUUUGUAUGUGUGAUCUUUAUAUAAUAUAAAAGCUAUAAGUUUGUGUU